AUGUCCGCUGAUACGAUUUUAGCCCAAGUUGAUGUUACCCAGUACGAAGACCCUGAAAAGUUCAAGGCAUUCAUUCCAAAACUUGAAAAGUAUAGACAAGCUUUGAACGAUGCCAUCUUACCACAAUACUCCGUUGAAUUACCUGAUAAGGUUGAAAACUUAACUGCUAAACAAUUCAACCCUGUGAAAUAUUUGUACAGCCAAAAGCUUUUAACUCCAUCAGAGUUUGAAAUCACCGAUUCCUCUGCUCCUCAAUUGGUUGCCAAAUUCGCCACAGGGGAACUCACUGCCGUUGAAGUGUUUAAAGCUUUUGCCAAAAGAGCCACCAUCGCCCACCAAUUCACCAAUUGUGCUUUGGAAAUAUUCACUAAAGACGGUUUGAAAAGAGCCGAAUACUUGGAUGACUACUUCAAGAAAAACGGAAAGUUAAUUGGUCCAUUGCAUGGUGUCCCCAUCUCCUUGAAAGAGCAAAUGGAUUUCAAAGGUAGACAACGUCAUGCUUGUUUUGUGUCGAAAAUCGACCAUAUAUGUGAAGCUCACGGAACCAAUGCCCAGAUCUUGGAAAAUUUGGGGGCUGUUUUCUACAUUAGAACCAACCAGCCCCAAACAUUGAUGCACUUGUGCAGUGAUAACAAUUUCAUUGGUGUCAGUAGAAAUCCCUUCAACUUGUCAUUAACUCCAGGAGGAUCAUCAUCGGGUGAAGGAGCACUUGUGGGAUUUGGAGGUUCUGCUAUUGGGGUUGGAACUGACAUUGGUGGUUCUAUCAGAGCCCCAGCUGCCUACUCUGGAUGUCAUGGUUUGAGACCAACUUCCAAGAGAAUCGGUCUUGCGGGAAGUUUAUCAGCUGGUGCCGGACAAGAAAGUGUCAUGGCUGUUGCUGGACCACUUGCCAGGACUAUUGAAGAUAUCGACUACUGGAUGAAACACUACAUCAACGAUGGGAAACCAUGGGAGGUUGACCAGAAUACCUUGAGACUUCCGUGGAAGGAAGUGGCUGCUCCAAAGGCUUCUGAUUUGACGAUUGCUGUGAUGUACGACGAUGGAAUUGUCAGAACCACUCCUCCAAUUACUAGAGGAUUGAAGGAAACGGUAGCAAAAUUGGAAAAGGCCGGAGUGAAGAUUGUGGAAUUCAAGCCUAUUAGAACCCAAUUGGCCUAUGAUACUGUCAACAGUAUGUAUACCUGUGAUGGUAACGAUGCUCAAAGAGAGUUAUUAGCUGCUUCUGGUGAACCACUCUGCAGAUUGACCAAGUGGUCUUUGAACUACGGAGGUGGUAAGGAACUUACCGUCACUCAAAACAGAAAGUUGAACAUGAUCAGAGACCUGUUGAGACAAGAAUACACUUCCUUUUUGAUUGACAACAAAAUUGACUUUAUCUUGAGUCCAACCUAUAAUAACGUUGCUCCAAAGCCAAAACAAGUCUACAACUGGAGUUACACCUCGUUGUUUAACAUUUUGGAUUUCCCUACUUUGGUGUUCCAAACUGGUAUUUUCCAAGACCCCGAAAUUGAUCAAUGGGAUGCCUCUUAUAAGGACUAUAAAUUCAGAAGUGAAUUGGAAGAAAUUGAAUGCAACAUAUAUAAUCCUAAAGAAUUUGUUGGUGCUCCCGUUGGUUUGCAAUUAAGUGGAAGAAGAUACUUUGACGAAGAAGUGGUGGCUGCUGGUAAGACUAUUGUCGAUAUUUUGCAAGUUGAUUUGACUAAAAUCAAGUGA